CGUCGAUGUUUGCAUUUCCCAUUGCGUUUGUGUACAACACCUUCUACUUUGACAAAAUCUCUCGUGCCAUUGCAGCUUCGAAUUUGCUGCAGUAGCUCCACGAUGUCACAGACCAACCCUCCCCGCGGCCUCCGCUGGCGCUCCAGUACCACCUUCAUCAUUGCGACUGUUGCCGUCGGACUGUUCACCGAUCUCUUCUUGUACGGUCUUGUCGUGCCAGUUCUACCGUUUAUGCUACGAAACCGAAUGUCCAUCCCGGAUGAAGAGAUUCAGUCAUACGUAUCCAGUCUGCUUGCAGCAUACGCAGGAGCAUCGGUCGUCUCUGCGGUGCCGGCGGGAUGGAUCGCGGAUAGGACGGACUCGAGACAGACCCCGUUUCUGAGUGGAUUAGCUGCGCUUCUGGCUGCCACUAUCAUGCUGGCGUCUGGGGAUAGCAUUGCGGUUUUGGUUGUUGCUAGGAUACUCCAGGGGAUUAGUGCAGCUGUAGUUUGGACCAUUGGUUUAGCUAUGGUUUUGGACACUGUUGGACCUCAAGAUCUGGGCAAGGUUAUCGGAUCGAUAUUCUCUUUCAUUUCCGUCGGAGACCUGCUUGCCCCGGUUCUCGGAGGUGUGCUAUACGACAAAACAGGCUAUACAGGUGUCUUUGGCGUAGCAUCAGCAGUCCUCGCCCUCGACUUUAUAAUGCGGCUUCUAAUCGUGGAAAAGAAGACAGCUGCAAAGUACAAGUCAGCAGCCGAAGAUGAUGAGACUAACCCACGCGACUUCGGAACAAGAAAUGACCCACAAGACGAAGAAGCCAGCGAGGAGGAUGCUCUCCUGCCCAAGAAAGAAGACGAUGCAUAUAAUAUUCACGGCGAACCCGGAAGUAUUGUUCGCGCACUGCCGAUUCUCUAUUGUUUCCGCAAUCCAAGGCUUCUGGUUGGUCUUUCGCUGUCAUUCGUCCAGGCUUCGCUAUUGGCUAUGUUCGAUGCGACAAUACCAACCGAGGCACAUGAUUUGUUUGGGUUCUCCUCGCUACAAGCCGGCCUACUCUUCAUCGCGCUCGACAUACCAUAUCUGAUACUAGGCCCGAUUGCGGGGUGGACCGUAGACAGAUUCGGCACCAAGCCCGCGGCAGUCAUUGGCUUCGGGUUCUUGGUCCCGGUUCUAGUUCUUCUCCGCCUCCCCUCAGCGAAACUUGUCGAUGGGUCUGGAAACAUCGUCUUGUACUGCGCCAUGCUUGCCUUGAAUGGUGUUGGUCUGGCGAUUAUUGGUUCCCCCAGUAUCGUCGAGGCAAGUGAUGUGGUACAGAAGUAUGACAAGGCUAACCCAGAGUUCUUUGGGGCGAAUGGACCGUACGCCCAGUUAUAUGGAUUUAGCUCGUUAUUCUUUUCUGCUGGGCUCACGAUGGGGCCGAUAGUGAGUGGUGCACUCAGAGACUCCAUCGGAUACGGGAAUAUGAAUCUGGUAUUUGCUGUUGUUUCGGGGAUCACAGCCAUAUUGUCAUUCUUCGUCAUUGGAGGAAAGCCGAAGGUUCUCUCGGGGGCUAGAGGCUAAUGUAAAUAACAUGUAUCAUAGGAGGCCCAUAUACAUAGAAGUGGCCCUUUGAAUCGGAGUAUCUCGAUAUAUGCAUGAUGGUCAACGAAUGAA